AGUGGAGAUGAAGAGUUAACUUGUAGUGUGUCAUAUGGCACAAGUGAACGCAACCGCGUCUGGUGAUCUUAAUCUGAAUGUAGAUGAUUUCUACUUUUCCGCACUCUUUGAUGAUGAAACUUAUGACGAGUCUGAGCCAGUUUCAGAUUCCAAGUAUGCACAAGAGUUGCAGUUCCAAGAGGCUCUAAUGUCCUCUUCUGCAAUCACCUCCCAAUCGACGCACAAUGACGGUUCCUCUUCCGUUUCAUCAUCGGCAACAAUCCAAGCAACCCAAGCAAUCCAAUCCCAUCCAAUCCAUGAAAUCCUAUUACCAAUUCAGGACACGCUUGAGUCCGGCGAAUCGUCGUCAUCACAACCAUCAACACAAACCCUUUGUGGGAUUUGUGUUGAGAUGAAAGAGGCUGACGAGAUGUUUCGAAAUGAGGGCUGCGUUCACUCCUUCUGCUCUGAUUGCAUAACCAAGCAUGUCGCAUCCAAAAUCCAAGCAAACAUUCACGUAGUUUCGUGCCCCGGCUUGGACUGCAGGGCUGUGCUGGAACUUGAUGCUUGUAUGCCAAUGCUUCCCAAAGAAGUCAUAGAAAGGUGGAAUGAUGCCCUUUGUGAAGCUAUGGUUUUAGGGGCACCAAGACUCUACUGUCCUUUCAGCGAUUGCUCAACGGUUUUGAUGAUCGACAACGAAGGUGAGGAGGCUGUAAGAGAGUCCGAGUGUCCCAUUUGCCAUAGACUGUUCUGUGCACGAUGUCAAGUCCCUUGGCAUCCAGGAGUUGAUUGUGAGGAGUAUCGGAGGCUUAACGAGGACGAGCGAGGGAGGGCGGAUCUUAUGGUUAAGGAACUUGCAAAGCAGAAGAAGUGGAAGCGGUGCCCUAGGUGCAAAUAUUAUGUGGAGAAGACUCAAGGUUGUUUGCAUAUUACUUGCAGGUGCCAAUUCCAGUUCUGCUAUGGAUGUGGAGCAGAAUGGACCAGUACUCAUGGUGUUUGCCCGAGAGAUUAAGUUGAGGAAGGCACUGCGAUUGAAGACGUGUUACUUGUUUUGAGAUGCUAGAACUUUUAUUUAUUUACAGAAUCAUCAAAAGUCCAGCAAUACAAACCGACUUUUGCUAGUAGAUUUGCUUCCUAGAUAUUUGAGGUUGCGUGAUGUGUAACAUUGCUUUGAAUUCCCUUAUUAAUGUUAUGGAGCUUUCUCUUUUCA